AUGGUGUACAAAAGAAAAGUAAAGGAGUACAAAAGAAGCGGUUCGUCUUCUUCUUCUUCUAGAGAGGAAAGCGUUACCAACUAUGAGGAGAAGGAGCCCUGUGACAGGUGCGGAAGUAAUGCAAAUGAAGAUUGGAUGCUGACUUGCUUCAACUGCAAAGUCGCAGGAAUGCAUAUUUAUUGCGGAAAGGAGCAUUUUAAAACUGUACCUGACAAGUGGAUAUGUGAAAAGUGCCGUACCUCAAUUCGUGUACUCUUCAUUAAGCGUGGGUUUGCUAAAGGUCCUAAUGACACUGGUAACUCGAUUCGUCUUAAUCGUGCGUAUAACACUGGAAGAGCACUGGAAGCGAGCAUUCUGGUAAUGAAGACUCCGCGAUUAAACCAAAAAGAAAAAGACUCAAAGAGUAAUCAACAGCCAGACUCAAACACGCCCUCUGAUUCAGAGAGAGAUGUGUAG